AUGCGGUGCGAUGUUAUUGUUUUAGAUGGCAAUGCAAAGAACCGGAGGGCAGUCUGCGCCGCUGCGCUGGCGGGAUGUUCUUACUCUCCAACCCUCCGCAGAACUUUGCGCCACACCUGCACAAAAACGCCUGCUUUCAAGCAUUGCUUUUGCUUGCACCAUUGUGAAGCUCCUGGCGCAGAUCGUUCUCACACAGUGUCUUGGCUCGAAUCCUCAAACAUUUUCAGUUUUGUUUGGCUUCAGCGUCGGUGCUUGGGUCUGUGCUCGCGUUUGCAGGAUGUUGAGAUUCUACAACACAAGUCUAUCAAUGAUGGGCAGCAACUGAUGGUUUUGCUCCAGGAAACGACCGAACCUCGCAGGGAGGCUUGGGUCUUGGAUUCCGCCGUGCCAGACACUGUCUUGAGCAAGUACUUGCGGCAAGUUGGGGCGGAGAAGCUGAAACUUCGCAAGCGUACUCAUGAACCCCAACCUUCAGACACUGCAGGGCCUUCUCCCGCACCGCCGCUGUUGCAGGCGCAGGUUGAACCCGUGGCAGAGCUUGAGCAAUGUUCAGAUCCAGCGGAUUUAGCGUCUGUUGCAUGUUCAACGCACAAGGAAAGCAGUACUGCCCAGAGGCAACUUGCCAAGUCAGCGGGCAUGCUUUGCGUAUGCUUGUCCGAGGGCCUUAUUUUGCACAUGCAAGAGAUUUAUGGCUGCGAGUCUCUGAGCCAGCGCUACUUCUGCGUCGCUGCUGUCAAAGCUUUGCUGCCGACCCUGACGACAGUGGUGCACGAUGAUGCGUGCCACUUGCACAAGUAUUGCGCGCGUCGAGCAGCGCACUCUCAAGCUGCGGCGCAGUUGUCGCCACCUCACAUGACCUUUGUCUGCGACAAGUUCCACAUGGCAGGCCACACGGAUGCUUGGUGCAAGCAAACAUGUGACCCGGAGCUCCCGUCCAACUCCGCUCUUCUCGCUGGUGUCAGCUUCUCGUGCGGAGCCAUGUCCGGGGCUCCUGACGAUGGGCAGUACGUGCCCGCCAUGAAGCUGAUGUGGGAUGAGGUGGACAGACGUUUUGACCCCAAGUAUGUCCUUGGAGAAGCCGGCCACCAGUUUUGCCAAAGCUAUUCUGUCAGAGCUGCGCAUCCUGAAUUUCCUUACGCUUUGCAUUGUCUUUCUUUGAUGUGUGCUUUGGCGAAUGGCGCGCGGGUCGCCAUCUUUGCCACAGCACCGUCGCCUCUGACUUUGGUAGCGGUCAAUGUCAACUAUGCCCAGACCAGAAAGUCUUCCAUGACUGGACACGCAGAGGCUUUGGGGCAAGAGUUGGACACAGUCAUCUUGGAGAAUGCGAUGUCCAAGCUGCAGCAGGAAAGCUUUGAGGAGGGAGCGGCUCAAGUCCUGAGGCGGGGCUUUUCAAAGUCCAAUUGCCCCCCGUAUUUGAAGCCAAGAAUCGCUUCUGCGACUGUUGCCAGCGCCACACCGGAAGAAUGGUUUCACCGUUGCUCUGCUGACUGGAACCAAGUCCGCAACGCAGACAAGCUGCCAGGAGAUUGGUCUGGGCGUUGCUGGUACGGCUUGCUAGGCAACUUUGAUGAAGCCUACGACUUCUUGCUGAGCCUUGGCCUGUUGUCCGACUCAAAUGCAAGAACGAGAGAGAAAUCAAAAAGCAAAGUCAACCCGUACCAGAGCGCGUUCAACAAGCUCUUGCCAUUUGGGUCUAGUGCUCGUGCCACCAAGACGGCAGGGAGCUACGGUGAGAACCCUGGUAAAACCAUAAGCUUGGGCAUCACUUGCAACAUGCACCCGGCCUUCUACAUCCCAAUGGAGCGGGGCGAGCUUGGAAGCCACGCAGCCUCCACCAAGGAAAGGUUCCUCAUCUCCACUGGCCGCCCUGUUCAACCACAUGAGGACAUCCCCGCAGACUUUUGCUUGCCGGAAGGAGUCUCGCCAUACAGGUGGGUCCCCCUCACUCCUGAGAUUGCAGACCUCAUUGGGGUUGCUAAAGAAGCAACAUCGCCAGACGCAGCUGCCCAAGAAUGGGCAGAAGCUGGGCUUGAAGACGAAGCCGCGGCCCAACUCACCCAGAAUGCUGCCGGUGAGUAUGUGCCGUCGGAAGACGGCUACCUUGUCAGGCUCUUAGAUGACAAGCUGACCCGCAUCCGCUUCAGGCGAUCAGAGGCAGCCCCAAACGGCUUUGAAGCAGAGUGGAGGGUAGCGAACCGAAACUUUGCAAUCCCGGAGGUGUGCCGUUUGAGAAAUUGCGUUGCUAGGGUGGCCACCUAUUUCGCAGCGCCACACCAAGUUAUCACUUUGACUUCGGAGGCUGAGUCAUGGCAUCUGUCUUACCAGGGAGCAAUGAAUGUCCAAAGCCACGUGGUUCGUGAUACUGGAGACAUCCAAGCUGGGGCUCGCUUCGGGGCGGCGCCUUGGCAAGUAGGGGUUUUAGCUGCUUUGCUCCUGGUCUUCGAAAUCUUUGUCGGAGCCCACUCCCCUGCAGCGCUGGAGGAGCGAGCUUUGCAGGUUACACCCGGGCACUUGCAGCGGGCGUACGCCUUGCUUCAAUUGGUGCAGCGUCUGAAGCACAUUGCCCUUGGAGAUACAGCAGCCAGCCCAGACCUACCGCCGCCGCAGGAAGACGUCCGUGCGGAUGAUUUGGGCGCCUUGCGCAUCCCCUAUGUGCCUGAAGACUUUGCUUCGACCCAAGCUGGCGCAGGUAUUCCAGAGGUGGGCGAUGACGAAGAAGGUGACGAGGCUGCAGAAGAGUCGCCGGAGGAACAUGUGCCAGAACUGCCAGCACCAGUGGCCGUGAAACCUUUGACCCUGCAGGAUGUUCGAGCCAGUGAUUUUGGGUUUGGAGACAAUGGUGUCACUGUCCAGCCUGACGGCUUGCAUAGCCGGAAUUUCACCGAUAGAACUGUUUUGAAGCAGACCCUUCUUGCUGGCAAACCGAAGAUCACUAGGAAAGAGGCUUGUGACAAGAUGCGCUCUGAACGAGGGCAAGGACGCAAAGCGCUUCCCAAAGAAAAAUGGGUUGCUGUCAUGAGGGCUGCAGCUUCCCAAUUUCCCGACUUGCUCCGCCUUGACGGAGAGAUUUUGUGUUUGAAAAUGAUUCCCGACACUGCAGCAGGCAAGGUCGCGUACCACAACGACCUCAUGAGAGCUUGCCGUCUAAGCCUGCGGGAGUUGAUUGCUGCUAUGGACAAAGCAGCUGAGAAGAAGGAAGAGCGCCGUGCAAAGCGAGCCAGGGUGGAUGACUGA